GAUGCCAAUAAAGUACAUAGGGAAAAUAGUGACGGUAUUUUCCUGGUGUGUGUUGGCUUGGCCGCUGAUUUGAUGGCCUAACGUUGCCUUGGAAUUGAUGCAUUACACCCAUUACAUAUCGCUAUAUAUAAUAUGUCAGAAUGACUUCUGAUGAUUUAAUAGAUAUGUCCCGUUUGGGAUCCAUGGCAGAUGCCACAGAGGUGGUUGUGAUGGUUGACAAGGACGACAAUGAGAUCGGCACUUGCACAAGGAAGGAGAUGAGACAAUUUAACAAAUGGCAUCGCACGUCGUGUACAGUUCUUCUAUCUAAUAGUGGAUCUGAGGUAGAGGUGAUAUAUCACAUUCGUUCCAUGAAAAAGGUUUACUGCCCCGGUUAUCGUGACCUUGCGUUUGGAGGAGUCGUUACGGUGGGCGAAUCCUACAUUGACAAUGCAAUCCGUGAGACCCUUGAGGAAUGUGGUUUGCGUCUUUCUUCUGAGCAUUUGCACGAGCUUGGACAAUACAAGCGUGAUGAACAAUGUUUACGAUGCCACUACAAGUUAUAUGUGGCACUUUACAAUGGACCUUUGGAUAAGCUGACUCCUCAACCUGGUGAGGUUGACGAGAUCCUUCGAGCGCCUCUCUCUAAAAUUGACGAGUUGAUGAGCAUGGAGAAAUUUUCACGUUCCUGUCCUUGGAUGGCAUCUCUUGUUAAGGAUUUCGUGAAAGUUGGUGGCAUUAAUCAGCUAAAGGAGGUAACUAUGUAGUGCCUUACAAAUGUAGAGCCAUUGGCAUCAUUGCUGGAAUAUCGCCUUUUGCGCUAGACCGCAUGAGUGUUUCGCGUGCAACCUAUCGAAUUCAUCAACCACAUCGUUCCUUUUUGGAAU